AUGGCUCCCAAAAAGAUCCGAUGCGGCGCCAAGGAGUGCCGCGAGCCCGCUCAGCGCAUCGUCGGCGACUGCGGCUUCUGCAACGGCCAUUUCUGCGGCAAGCACCGCCUGUUGGAGGACCACAAGUGCAGCGGCCUCGAGGACUGUAAGAAGCAAUCGCACGAGCGCAACGCCGCACAGCUGGAAGCGGAGCGAACGCAAGUCAUCCGUGGCGUGUAG